CAAAGCUUCUCAAUAUAAACGGGAAAGAGGCAUAUGCUAUUUCUAAAUUUGACGGAAGACAGAAACAUCGCGAAGAAAACGCCUUUGUUGAAAAAGGUCGAGAAGUGUAAACAUUGUGUGAGAAUAAAAUGGUUUUUAAAUCGUGAAUGUGAGAUAACAGUGAUAUUAUUUUAUAUUGUCACCGACGGCCGUAUAAUGGAUCUCCUAUCUCUUCCCGUCGUUGUUUUAGAGAAAAUCUUUUCGUAUCUUUCUUACGACGAAAUUGCAAAGAAUAGAGUGGUCUCCAAAACAUUCAAUGAGAUAUGCGUGGGCCUCCUCAACCGUGGGUUUGUGAUGAUCGAGCGGCGUCACGCGCUGGCCCUCAAGAGCGUGAAGGCCCAACUGCCUCGAAGGGAGUCUGAGCGCAGAUACCACCCGCUGUCGCGACACUGCGACAUCCUCAGUUCGAUCGAGACUCGCAUCUCGAUGCUCAACAUGACGUACUCCAAGUUCAUUGACACGGGAAUGUGCUGUUUCAUACCGGGGAAGGUCAUAGACGAAAUGCGUCGCGUCCUCUACAUAGUGGAGACCUCGAAGACUCCCCCGCGGGCCCACGAGGUGCUCCAAGAGCUGCGGGACAUAUCCAGCAUGGCUAUAGAGCAUUUCGACGACAAGAUCUCUCCGGCCUUCAGGCAGAGACUGCAAGGGGUCGUCCAACCAACUCCCAAACCUACACAAGGCGUUCUCGGACCGCUAGCCAUGCGUCAGGAGUUGACGCAACUCCGGCGGCAGUCGAUGCUCAACGCUAAACUAGCCUUGUACCUCGCGGCCCAUUACAGGCGAUUCUACAAUAGGAUGUUGGAAUACAAGAGGGUGGCCUGGCGGCAGAGGAAGACCAUCCGCGCCAUGUUGGCCAGGCAGAGGGACCAGGACGCCAACAUUGCGGAUCUCAAACGCCGUAUAGAAGAAUGCGACAUAAAAUAUAGCGAACUGACACACACCAAUCAAGCUGUCGGCGGGAAGAUUGCUUCAACAGAAGUGCCCUCGUCCCCUGCACAGCCUUUACGUCACUUCGGAAGCCAAAUCAAGUUGGACCUAUCAGUUUUGCCCAUCGGCACUUCUAAAAGGGGCCAGGCUAAAUUGCUGCCGAACAUCAAGCCGCGCAAACCGCUCAUCCGCCGGCUGCCCAGCUUAUCAGAAGACGAACCGCCAAAAAAACAAGCCAAAAUGGACGACGCCCAGCCUUCAACGUCUACGCAGAGUCCACGCACCAAGACACAAACGACAUUAGCCAAGAUAAGAGGCAUUACAAACGAGAUUCGUCAACUGAGCAAUUUGUCCAAUAUUGAUGUUAAACUGAAGAGGAGUUUGACGGCGGAGAUUGAAACGGAGUGUAAGAAACAGAAGUUGGAUUAAAUAUAAAUAUAUAUAUUUUUUAAUCGAAUUAUGUGGAGUGGUCAUGUAAGAGAAUCCAUUGUAGAGAUAAAUACGAAUUGAUUUAUUUGGAAAAUAUUGAUGUUAAACUGAAGAGGAGUUUGACGGCGGAGAUUGAAACGGUGUGUAAGUAACAGAAGUUGGAUUAAUUUUUUUUUUUUUUUAGUCUUGUAAUGUGGAAUGUGUUCGUGUUUGAGAAUCUAUUGUAGAGAUAAAUGCGAAUUGAUUAAUUUGGAAAAUAUUGAUGUUAAACUGAAGAGGAGUUUGAUAAAGGAGAUUGAAGCGGAGAGUAAGAAACAGAAGUUGGAUUAUAUAUUUUUUUAAAUCUAAUAAUUUAGGGUGUCCGUUUGAAAGUAUUCAUUAUAGACAUAAAUGGAAAAUAUUGAUGUUAAACUGAAAUAGAGUUUGGAAUAAGACACAAAAGUUGGAUUAAAUGUUUAGUCAUUUAAGGUUUUAAAGACUAAAUUGGGAUGUUAAUUUAAAAAUGGUCGCAUUUUUCAACGCACCGAGACACAAUGAACAAUAGCAAUGAUUUGAGGAAUUAAUUGCAAACGAGAUUCGACAAUAAAAUAAUUUUGAAAAAUAAAUUCAAGAAGAAAAUAAGGGGUGUUUAUUCCUACUUGAUAUUUGUAAGAUCCUUUAAGGAUUAUAUAUAAAAAAUGCGAAUUGCGUAAUAUGGAAAAUAAUGAUGUGAAUCUGAAGAGUUUGAAGGUGAUUGUAUAAGAAAGAGUGUAGUUGGAUUAGAUUUUAAUAUUACAUUUUAAUGUAAGGACUAUAUUAUUGAUGUUCCACUGAACUGCAGUUUGACGGCGGAGAUGUGAGCAAAGUUUGAUCAGACGCAUUUAACCCCCCAGCGGGAAAUGUGGGGUGUUAGAUUUUCUUAUAUUAAUACCGUGUUAGUAAUUUUCGAAAUUUAAUUUUAUGAACAUUUUAAAAAUCUAAAAUAAUUUAGAUCUGCUCGGCUAAAAUAUAAAUUUUAGCCGCCUUUAGCCCCCGACUUUACAAAGAGGUUAAUUUGAGAGGUGAGUCGGCGUCUUAUAUUGAUACGGCCGUCGAGUUUGACGAUAGAGAAUGAUUGUAAGUAACAUAAGAUUGAUAAGAUUUAAGACACGUGUUUUUAACCCACAGUUCAGUUAGGUGGGGUAUUAAAUUGGCGUUAGUUUUAAGAAAAUGAGGGAAAAUGAGACAGAAUAAUUGAAUAUAUAGUUAUAUAUAUAUAUAUAUAUAUAUUUAUUAUUUGGAUAAAUGUAUAUAUAUAAUACAUUUAUCCAAUAACAUGCCAUGCAUGCUAGCCAAACAGCUGUAUGUGGCCUAUCAGUCUUUUCAAGACUGUUGGCUCUGUCUACCCCGCAAGGGUAGACGUGAUUAUAUAGAUAAUAUCUAUGUUUGUUUGUAACAUGCUAACUUAAACAAUAAAGUUUUGCAAUCUGCAGUACGCUUGUUGAGAGAUUUAAGGGAAUAAUAAUUACUAAGUAUGUAUAAUUUUUAUUAAACAUUUGUGCUAACUUAUAACUUAAGUUUCACCUAUAAGUAAUGUUCAUUAGUUUAAGGUUUAUAUUCGAGGGUUGUAUCGCAAUAAAUAUUCAAUUAUAUUUAAAUUAUAUCAAGAAUAUAUAAAUAAUAACAUUUAAAAUUGACACGUCUGGAAGUACACUUGAACUGUAAGCCAAACUUCUACAUAAAAAAUUCAAAAGGAAUAAUUCAAAAUAUCCUAUUUUUCUAUCUUUUUCUGGUUUGGUCUACUAGAGACGGAAUCACUUUCACUAAAAACAGUCGCUUUCGCUGUCUGUCCUUAUCUAUCUAAUAUAUUUAAACGAGCAAUUCUUGUAUAUAUAUAAUCAGGAUCUGGUGGAUCAAGAAAAUCAAUUGUUUACUUGAACUAUUGACAAAUGUGUCUUUUGAGCUCAUGAGUUUACUUAAAAAUGCCUAAAAGAUCUUGGAAAAGAACGCUGUUAAACAAUCUAACUUCACGAAGCCGCGACUCGUCUCAAGAACACCUUAAAGAAAAUCGUCAUCAAAUACAAACAGGUCAGGUUUCGCAAACACGUUCUACCAAAAACAAAAAACCGAGCAAAGCUCGGUCAACCAGGUACUGUAUACUUAAAUCUUUAAAACUACCCAACGUAUUUAUGUCGCGGGUUCUUUUAUUAUAUAAUAUAAAUAUACGAGAUAAAUUACACAGAUUGGGUUAUCCUCGAAGUAAGUUCGAAACUUGUGUUACGAGGUACUAACUCAACAAUAUAGUAUUUAUUAUUAAAUAUAGUAACGUAAAAUACGGUAUAAUUGGUGGCUUUCAGAUUGUGUGUUCUUCCUUGAUUGUAUUUUUCCAAGUUGGUUAAAAAGCAAGCGACAGGAGAAAUGACAAUCUCUCCUUUUCUUUCCAAUUGGCGUCUGUCUCUUUCUAAAAAUAUCAAAUAGAAAAAACGGAAGGGAACAGAAAACUCCCUUCUCUUUCUUAUUGGCCUGAUUCGAAAGAGACGUAGAGGUAAUUUUCCAUUCUGAUAUUGGUAUUCCCAUUGGUUAUGGAGUGUUUGUUUUACAUUCAACACACUCGCCAAAAAUAUGUUUUAUGCAAUCCUAUUUUUAAAAAAAAAUGUUAUACCUAAAUGUAUGUUUUUUUUUUGGUCUAUUUUCCGCCUACCCUCAUAAAAAAAAUACUGAAAUUUAAAGGUUUUAUUGCAUGAAUGGGCAGUUAGUAGUGUGGUAGCUAUUAUUAUAGCCUUAUUGCAAGCGUAAAAGGUUCAAAUUUAUCUGAAAAGUGGCAAUACAGCUAUCACUGCCUAAAAAAAAUGAUAAAUAUUAUGGUUAUCUUUAUAGUUUAGAAUAUGGUAAGCUAUGAGAUUAUUUUCGCUAGUUUAAAUUCCUCGAAUAAAUAUUUUUAAAACUUGA